GAUUCGCUUUGCGCAUACGCGAGACGCAAUGAUGCAGCCCUGUGUCAAGACUUUCUAGAAGUAGAUGCCAACGACACCAUCGAAGGCCAAAUCUAAGACGAAGAAGGAGGCCCUGUUCACCUCACCCACCGACAACGUUCUAUCAUCACUGAGAAAUAUUAUACAGCCUAGACGGCCGUAAACACAUUCCUAACGACUGCAAGUCAAGAUAUACAGAAAAAACAAUUCACACUCCAUUUUCCUCUCUGAUUGUUUGACGGUAUGUUGGUCUUUAUCAAAACACUCACUGGCAGGACAAUCACUCUUGAAGUUGAGACAAGCGAUACCAUUGAAAACGUGAAAGCCAGAAUUCAAGACAAAGAGGGAAUACCUUUUGAUAGGCAGCGGCUCAUCUUUGCCGGCAAAGAGAUCGCCGACGACCAAAUACUGAGGGACCACAAUGUCCAGAGGGAAUCCACUCUUCAUUUGAUAUUGAGGCUGAAAGACGGCAUACCGAUAGUUAUUAAGACACUCACUGGCAAGACAAUCGCACUUGAAGUGGAGAAGAACGAUACCAUUGAAUGCUUGAAAUCGGAAGUUCAAGAGAAAGAGGGGAUACCUCGUGAUCAGCAGAAGUUCAUGUAUGCUGGCAGAGAGCUCGAAGAUGGCCAAACUUUUAGAGACUGCAAUAUUCGAAACGAAUCCACUCUUCAUUUGAUGGUGCGACUAAGCGAUGAUAUAGAUAUAUUUAUUAAGACACUCACGGGCAAGACCAUCACACUUCGAGUGUCGAUGAGUGAUACUAUUGAAAACGUGAAAGAAAAAAUUCAAGACAAAGAGGGGAUACCUUGUGAUCACCAGCAGCUUGUCUUCGCUGGCAAACAGCUUGAAGGCUACCAGACUCUUCAGUACUAUAAUAUUCAGAAGGACUCUGCCAUUCACUUGAUAGUACGGCUGAAGGAUGGCCAUGCAAUGCACGUAUUGAUCAAGAUGCCCAUUGGCAGGACACUCGCACUUACAGUUGAGAGGAGUGAUACUAUUGAAAAUGUAAAAGUGAAAAUUCAGAACAAAGAGGGAAUACCUCUUGAACAGCAGUGCCUCACCUUUGACGGUAGAGAGCUUGAAAACGACCAAACCCUCCGGUACUAUAAUAUCGAGAAGGGAUCCACUCUUAGUUUGAGAUUGCGGCGGAGAGAAACCAUGCAGCUCUUUGUCAAGUUGAUGAAUGGGAAGACUAUUGCAGUGGAAGUCGAAGCGAAUGACGUAAUUGAAAACGUUAAGGCUAAGAUUCAGGGCAUGGAGGGUUUUCCCUCAGGUCAGCAGCGCCUCAUGUUUGCUGGUAGGCAACUGGAAAAUGGACGAACUCUCAGUGAUUACAACGUUUAUGCAGAAUCGACUCUUCACUUGGUACUUCAUUGUAGGGGAGAACAGUGAAAUCAUGAAACUUUGUUGUAAACUAGCAGAACUGAAGUGACUUGACGUUAGUACUUGUGUGGCUAUAUGAGUUUCCCAAAGUUGUGGAUAGACAAUAUCAUGACAGGCGCUACUGUGUGACACUCCCUUUUUUGCUGUCAGUGGCACAGAUAGUCAAAUAUAUGGCUUGCUUUGUAUAUUAUAUGAUUAAUCUGGUGUACAGGACUACAACUUUGACUUUAGUUAAUCGAUAUGGGAAAUUGUUUUAUUAAUCAAUUAGACUUUGUUUGAAUCUGCAA